AUGAAUGAGCUUGCUGGUAUUAAAGAUAUACACCGGCCGUACGGCAAAAGGGAUGGCAAAAGAAAUGACCAGCAGGAGAAUGGCUACGAGCAACGACCGCUUGAAAAUAUGCCCGAGCAGAAACAGCCCGAUCAUGAUCUCGAGCCCGAUGAACAGUCGUGCGAUAAUAGCAGCGGCCGUUACAUUGAUGGGCAGUAUAUCGGUAAAACAGAGGAGCUGAUCCGCAGAUUGAAGAGAGCCCAGAUCGCGAAUCAGAAAGUGGAGAUCUAUAAGCCGGCCGUAGAUGUGCGGUAUGAUCUGCAGGACAUCGUAUCCCAUGAUGCCAGCCGUAUCCGCAGUACCCCGGUGGAAAGCUCGGGCAGCAUACCACUGAUGGCCACCGAUAUUCAGGUGAUCGGUAUUGAUGAAGCCCAGUUUUUUGAUGAUGGCCUGCUGGAUGUUGCUGAGACAUUAGCAUUGAGCGGCGUACGCGUUAUUAUAGCCGGUCUGGAUAUGGAUUUCCAGGGCAAGCCCUUCGGCCCCAUCCCGGCCCUGCUUUCCCGGGCAGAGUAUAUUACCAAGCUCCAUGCCAUUUGUAUGCAAUGCGGCGACCUGGCCACUUAUUCCUACCGGAAGAACACAGAAAGUGCUAAAAUAAUAUUGGGCGAAAAAGACUCCUACGAACCCCGUUGCCGCGACUGUUUUUAUAAAGGCAGCUCCGAGUUAUUGCACAUCUGCCAGAAAAGCGCCGUAGGCUGCGUGGUUUAUGACGAUAAGAUACCGGUACACCCGGAUACCAAGGCCAUCGCGGAAGGGCUGGGACUGAGCAGCGUCACCUGUGCUUUAAGCGGAGGCGAAGAUUAUGAACUGCUCUUCACCAUCAAACAGGACGAUUAUGAAAAAGUAGCCCGCAACCCCGGUAUCAGCAUCAUCGGUUAUAUCACCGAAGCAGAAAGCGGCGCCUUAUUACAAACCACUGCGGGCGAAAAGCAUAAGCUCCAGGCGCAGGGCUGGACGGCAUUUUAA